GGCAGCAUCUCAGCUCUGCCUGCUCCUGAGCCACAGGACGCCUCCGCCUGCCUGAUCGCCCUGCCCCAUCGCUGGCCAGAAUGACCCUCCGCAUCCUGCUGCUGCUGGCGGCUGCCCUGUGCAGCUGCAAGGCCCAAGGGAGCGAGAACCAGGCGUCCGACUGCUGCCUGAGCCACAAGAAUCGUCCCAUCCCGCUCCGUCUCCUCUCCGCCUACAGAAUCCAGAGUCCCGAGACAGGCUGCCGGCUCUCAGCUAUUGUGUUCAUCACCAAGAAGAACAGGAAUCUCUGUGCCCCGCCCAGUGCUCGCUGGACCAUUGACCUGAUGGAGAAACUGGAUGGGAAAAAAGGACAAAGCACAGCGGUCGGCGCCGUGAAACAUGUCCGCUCGAAGGGAGCUAAGCACCGCAAGCAGAGGAAGCCCCAGCACUAAGAGGGCACCGGCCGUCCCCGCCCCGGCGCCUGCCUGCCUGCUCAGUUGACCUCCGCAGAGCCCCCCGGACUGCAAGCAAAGGAGACCUGGCUGAUGCCUGCCCUGGGUGUGGAGGGCUUGGCUUGGGGCGGUGUGUGAUUUCCCCUGGAGAUGCUGCACCUCCUGACCGCGUGCUGCCUCCUGCUAAGCAUCUGUCACGCCGCGACUCCCUCCCGCGGCUCCCGGCCAAGCUCAUAUCCGCGGCUUGACCCCCCGCCCCCCCGACCUUUGCAUGAAAAGCCAGAGGCUGCUGCUGCUGAACACGCCUUUCCUCAGGGCCAGCUCCAGCGAGGUCGAAGGGAGCACGUGCCCUGACCGCCGGGGGCUAUUAGUCAGCGCCUAGGUAACCCUAUAACCCUGCUCCCCUCCCGCUGCCUCCACCACUGUGGGCAGGGCCAGUACCUCUCCCAGAGGGAGAGAUGUUUGCCCACAGAGCCUCGAGACAAGGACUUUGGUUAAUUAAGUUCCAUGCAGAUAUAUGGUUGUCAUGAAAAGAUACCCAGGGCUUAGUAAUACCAGCAAAGACUGCAGGCUGGCUGGACUAGCAAGUCCUUAUUGCUUCUCUCAAGCGCGCUUAUCUGGUUUGAUUGCUUUAUUAGGUGGCUCUUUCAGACUGUAUUAAGAAACUGUGACGUCCUAGCUACUGCAGGACAUGCUAUGCAGGAGCUCUGCCCUGCACGACGCGCUGUGCCCUCGCCUCGCCGGGAACGCACAGCCGAUCGCGAGAUGAAUUCAAGUCAAUAAAAAUGAUUUAAAAC